UUAGCGACAAUUGCUGAUAUUAAUCCAUUUCAACAUCAUCAUCAUAAUAUAUCAGAAAUAGAUGCCGAAAUGAAUAUAUUAGCAGCUAGAUUAUCAUCAACAAAAAAUAGUGUAUCCAAUGAUUCUUUGUUUGCAUGUAUCAAACAUUAUAACAGUCUAUUAAAAGAAUUAACGAAUUUAAAAGGCCAGAUCUUAAGCAUAUCUACUGAUGUUGCCCAAAUCCUGUCUGAAAUAAGAAAAAAUUACAAUACGCAACGAGAUUCCAGACUAUUAACACAUCCUGAAGGAAAUCACGUGGGCAAAGAAUUUGUAUUUCCGCUAUCAACAAUUGAAGAGUUUGAUAAAUUCAAUGAAAAGUUGAAAGACGAAAUAUAUAAAAAUAAAAUUAAUAAACGCUUAUACUUUUCUCUGAAUGGAAAACAUACUAUUACCCGUAAUAUGGGCAAUAUUAUUCGUGCUUAUAUAUCAAGAGAUGUAGCACUGUCAUAUGUAGCAGUUAAAACAACUUCAAAAAAAAAAGUUUUCAAAGAUACAACUUUUUUCACUUCUAUAAAAACUGCAAUAAGACAGAAAUUCGAAAAUAACCAAGAAAUUAUUCCCGAUAGUAAAUUGCAUCAAGCAUUGUCUUCAGUAUUGAAUAAUGCUAAAGAUUGGGAUGGCUACAGGGUAGCCAGGAUCAAAAAACAAUCAUCUAAUUAAGUUAAAUAAAAAUAACUUAUCGCUUU